AUGAAUACAAGAGGUUCAACAACAAUUGAGGAAAGGUCACUUCCUUCAAUCCCGACUAGCAUGGUUGAACAAGAGGAUGAGUUCCAGAAAGGUUUAAGUGAUUGGAUCCGAGAAUUGAGCGAUAAAGACGGAAGACUCCACAAUUCGUUGAGAACGUCUGAUACAUUAAGAGAACCAACUGGUAUGCCAAUAACAUAUCACGCAAAGAAAGUUUCGUUCAAAAGGUCCGGUGUUGUUGGUGUUAAUUUGGGUCGAGUGAAGCGAAUGUUUGUUUCGUUAAAGGAGGCAAGUCGUUUACUCCAUGAAGCCGGUAAUGUUUUUACUUCAGAAAUGAUUGAGUACUUCACUGUACCAGAAGUUGAUCGCUUCUUGGUCACAAUCCAAAUGGAAACUUUGCCUUGGGUUGUCCCAAGACAGGUGAUACAAGCUGAAACGGAUGUUAUUCCAGCACAACGAUCACAACAGAUAACAGCUGAUCGCAGCAUGAAUUCAAUUACUGAUAAUGAAAAUGUACUUUCGACUCAAAGAGGACAAACCUGCGUUCAUUUAAAUUCGAUUUCAAGUUCAGAAUUCUUGCUCAGAAUGAAUAACUACAUUUAUUGUAUUUAA